UGUAUUCAUCCAAGUUAUGCGCGUAUAACAAUCAAAUUUCUAUAUUCUUAAUUGACUUUUCUACUGUAAAAAUUUGUCUUUGGAAGCAAUUAAUAGAAUAUUUAAGAAUAUGGAGGUUCUGUGUAAGUGUAUUGUAUACACUCAUCUACACUAACCUUUUGACAUGAGAGACACGCCGCCGAACGUGUGUCGAUUGUUUAUCUCAAGAGCCGAACGAUGCUGGCCAGUGGAUCGAAAUUGCGGAUACUAGCGCUUCACGGUUAUAGGCAAUCGGACGUGAUCUUCAGUGCUAAAUUGGGAGCAUUGAGAAAAGGAUUUAAAAAAGAAAUAGAUUUCACGUUUGUAAGAGCGCCGCAUAAGGUCCCAUCCCAGGAUGGAACUGAUCAAGUGGAUACGGAUGAAAAUGGAUACGGAUGGUGGUUUAAUACAGAGGAUCAUGUGUUUAAAGCCAGAGUACCUAGCGACUUAUGUGUAGGAUUUGAUGAGAGUGUAGCUGUGAUCGAGAAGGCAUUCUUGGAACAAGGUCCUUUCGAUGGCAUAUUAGGUUUCUCACAAGGAGCUGCUUUUGUCUCUAUACUAUGUGCAAUGAAGAAGAAGAAAAUAUUACAAAUUGAGUUUGACUUUGCUAUUAUGAUAUCUGGCUUCAAGUCACUGUGUGCACCUCACGCAAAGUAUUACGACGAAGAAAUCGAUAUACCUUCUUUGCAUAUUUAUGGAGAGAAUGAUCAAGUCAUUCCGACAGUAAUGGCAGAGCAAAUCAGUAGUCUCUUCCCAAAUAAGAAGGAGGUACGGCACGAAGGAGGCCAUUAUGUGCCGAGUAAAAAAUAUAUUUAUAAGGAUUUUGUAAUGGAAAUCUCCCAGUUUUACUGAGGUGCGAAGUUCGCAAACCUUUAGUAUUGUAAGAAAUUUAGAAAUAUUUGGUUAAUGGUUCAUGGCGUAAGGCCGCGCUAGUGUCGCAAUGCAUGUGUAGUUCAUCAUGGAUAUACGAAGGGCGCAAUAGGCGCUUGUAGAGGGUCCCUAGGUAACGUAACUAUAGGGAUCUUGGGGCGCGAGGCGCGUUUUUCAACCGUUUCAACGGUCGUCGUGCUGCGUGCAGAUCCGUGCAAGUUCGGUCUUGGAGAGUCGAGUCAGAGAUCAGAGCUUCGCCAGUAGUCAAUCGCCAGUUACGUUCGUUCCGAAAGUAUCCUUGGAGAAUUCAAUUGCAUUGCAAAACAAAAACGCCCCCCAAUCUGCUGCCCAACAACAGCUACAAGGUCAACCUAAAAUAUAUCGAGGAAAGGCCAAAAAUAUGAUAGAUCCAGAUGCUAUAGCGCGUCCACGAGGCAGGCAACAACAGCCACAACCUCAAGGGCAACGAGCGCCAGGAGUCUUAGCAGAUGAUGAUCCUGUGAGAAAUUCUGUCUUCGCUCAUGGUAUCGGCAUACGUGAAGUGAACGCUAACAGACGCAUGACACCAGCCGCGUCAUCCUUAAUCGAAGUGAGUCGUUAUGUUUAUCGCGAAUUAAUAACAGACGACUUCAAUAUCCAGAAAAGCAUAGUACCAGAAUAUCUGGAUUAUUAUGCUACUGCACUACUGUGGUUUAGGAUUACCAAGCUGAAAUGUUUGGCUCACGACGUGUUAACACAAGAAGAGGAACGACUCUUAUCGAUCAUUACUGGAUGCUCCCUUUAUGUACCUGAACCAUUUAUGCUUCAGCUGCUCAUGUUUGGAAGAAUCCAAACCCUAACUGGGGCACAUCUCUGUUCGGAGUUUCCCCCCCUGCCUACUGAAGUCGUUCAAGGCUUUGGAGGCUACUACGGACCUAUUUCUGCUGACACUCAUAAUCUUUAUGAGGAAAUACCUUGUCUCGGAGUAACAUCGGAAUCCGUUCGUCAUUCAAUCAGUAAUGACCCUCCAGGACGUUAUCAUUCAUCUUUAGAGCGUCCUGCCGACAACAUAAUACCUAAUGAAAAUCUACUCGGUUUUAAACCAUUAGGUGCGAGAUGUGAAGAGGCCAAAAACUUUGCUUUUUUCGCUGGAAUUACUUCUGAAGAAUUCCCUGUCUCACUACCGAAUACCGGAAUUAAUUUAGAUUUUAUUCGCAGCAUUUCUGGUAUUCUUUCCCGGACUAAGACUUUUAAAACAACUCGGCUAGAUAUAACAACAAUGGCAGAGUCUGGAUCCAUAACUCAAGCGAUCAUGCAGAAACCCAUCCCUGCCACUGAAACAACGCAGAAGCGAGGAGAAAUCUACUCUUUCGCCAAUUUUGGAGGUCAGGAUUUGGCCUCAGCUUAUGGUCUCGGUCUCGUGUACACUCCCAAUCUAUUCAAAGAAGGACUGACACCGGGCUUAAUUGCUGAGUGGUGUUGUAUCAACACCCCACCCGUCGAAUACAUCAAUAAUCGGAAUGAUCGAAGAGACACUAUCCCUCCAGGUUAUCGAGAAGAAGUGUUUACGUCCUCAACACAAUCGGGCCAACAGUACCGACAACAUAUGGUACGCAUGAUGCUUACUACAAAACGGUGAACCAUCCUCAGAUAAGAUCUCUGAGUAGGACUAAGAAACUAUUCUCCCACGCAGUAUUUACCAUCCUUAAAACCAUUUAGCAAAUAUAAGAACUUAAGCAAUUAACAAUAAAUUUUAUUUUAUUACUGAAUU